AUGUCAUUUAUUACUAAAUACUUUCCUACUGAUAUUACCGAAGAUCCCUUUGCCAAAUAUAGACCAUUCCCAGCCAACCCACAAUCCAAUUUGGCAGCCCAUUGGCACGAAAUUUUGGCCUCAUUUCUUUUCUACUUAAUUGUCCAAGAAUUAUCAGGACCUAUCUUCUCCCGAGUUAUGGGUCCUACUUAUACGAAAUUGCCCAAGAGAACCAAGGUUAAUUUUGAUGUUCAUGUCGCUUCAAUGGUUCAAUGUGUUGUUUCUUUCGUUCUUCUAGUGGCCCAUUUCAACAAUGAACAUUUUCUAAACAGAGAACAAGAUCCAGUGAAUUCAUUAGUGGGAACUACCCCAUUUGGAUGUAUGGUUUGUUCAGUAACUGUGGGUUAUUUUCUUUGGGACAUUUAUGUUUGUACCAGAUACUAUAGAUUAUUUGGGCUUGGAUUUUUAUUCCACGGGUUUGCUGCAGCAUAUGCUAUGGGUGCAGGAUUACUUCCAUAUUGCCAACCUUGGGCUGGUGCAUUUUUAACAUUUGAAUUGAGUACUCCGUUUGUCAAUUUAAAUUGGUUUGCAUCAAAAUUACCAGCAGGAACAUUUAAUGAACGAACUAUUAUUAUCAAUGGGUUAUGUUUGAUAAUCAGUUUCUUUUUAGUUCGUAUUGUCUGGGGUUUCUAUGCUGUUUACUUGCUUGCAUGUGAUAUGCUUGCUACAUGGCAUUUAGUUCCAGCCUUUUUGCCAGUGUCAAUAUUGGCAUUAAAUUUCUCAUUGGACACUCUUAAUGUCUUCUGGCUCCUGAAAAUGAUUAGAAUUGCCAUAAAGAAAGCCAGCGGUAAAGAAUCUACAAGACAAGCAGCACAUGAUGCUGAAAAGAUAGAGUAA